AUGAGUGUAAGAUCAAGCACAACGGCGAAAUCAACUCCAAAAAAGCUUUCUUCAAACGGUAUCAACAGACAAGGAGAAACACCUUCAAACGAUAAUGCGGAUGAAGUAUGCCCUAUCUGUAAAAACAAUAGAUAUCUUUCGCCAGAUAUGAAAUUGCUUGUCAGUGAAUGUUACCACAAGAUGUGCGAGUCUUGUAUAGAUCGUCUAUUUGCAAAUGGUGCUGGUCCAUGUCCAAUCUGUGGCCAGAUAGUGCGCAAAGUGAACUUUGCUAUCGCUACUUUCGAAGAUCUGCUUGUUGAGAAGGAAAUAAAAAUACGAAAACGGAUUGCCCAUCAUUUUAAUAAAAGGCAAGAGGAUUUCCCUAGUCUGAAGGAGUAUAAUGAUUACCUUGAAGAAGUUGAGAAAAUAGCGUGGAACUUGAUUAAUGGCAUCUCUCUCGAGGAAACCGAAGCUAAAAUCAAAGCAUAUCAACAAGAGAAUCAUGAUUUGAUUGCAGCGAACGCUCAGCGAAUGUUACAAGAAGAGAAAUUAGCCAAAUUAGUUGAGGAGCAAGAACUAAAAGAGAAGCAAUCGGAAUUCGAGAAAUAUCAGAAAACAUUGGAAGAAGAGCGCAAAAUGAAAGCAACAUUAAAGGACGAAUUUAUAGAAGAGCUGCGUUCUUCGAAACAAACCGCCGACCAUUCUGCAUCUACAUCUCUCGACAUAGCUAGUAGUGGUGUUGGUAUGUGGCUUGGCUUAGAUCGAGAACAUUUGGAUGACUCGAUGAAAGAUUAUAAUCCUGCCGCGACAGAAUACGCAGAUGUUGACGGAUAUACUCUACGUGAGAAGUAUUAUGAUCCGUUUACGGAAGUGUUGGGUUUAUCUAAAACUGGCGGAUUCAAUAUCAAGUUUGUACAUGAACGGGCAUUACAAGCAGCCUUCUCAGGCAUUUGUGAUGUAUAA